AUGCCUCGUUCUGAGAAGGCGAGUAAAGUCUCGCAGCUGGUCGACUUUUACCAGAACACAGCCACACCUUCAGCUCCUAUUCCAAAGAAGCCCACAAGGAAGACGCUUGCCAUUGAGCCAGGCCCAUCUCCAGAAGCGGAUCUUGUCAAAGAUACACCGAAUCUCCAGGAACUACCCAAAGCCAGUAUUUACGACUUCGAUGGAGAUAGCACAGCAGUACCCUCCUCUGUUUCUUCGCCGCAAACGCCAGUGAGAAUGAGGAGUACGUCUUCUUCGGCAUCGCGCGACAAUACUAUUAGUUUGCCGAUUACAGUGACUCUCCCAACCGAAGCUGAUCGUAAGGACUACCGGGUGGAGGUCAUAGGGUUUACACGAGUCUCCGUUUAUUCGGACGAUGCACCCGCGGAAGGCUUCGGGAGCAUAAUUUCGCACCCAUAUACACCCUUUUGUAUGGAGCAGACGUCAAGGACACUCAGCAGGUCUACGUCAGCGCAGACAUCAUCUGGGUUGACCCCUGACGAGAAUCGUCACUUGCUCAAUAAGAUGACAUCUGAGCGGCAGCUAGUGCGGCCCGCACCGGAAGAGCAGAUGAAUCAUACGAUACACUCAGCGUACGGAUUGGUCUGUCCUGUGGGGUGGAGAAGCUUCAAGGGUGACAACUCAGACACGCAGUGUUCUCAUUCCAUGUGCUCGCACGCCAUGAGCGAAGCGCGGCAUGAAUCACUGGCUCAGGAUCAUAUCCCAGCGUUUACUCAGAUCAUCAUGGCCCAAAGAAACCUCCAAAGGUAUGCAAAGGUAUCACAAUCAGCUCAAUCCGUUGUUGAUGACGUUAUUGGGCCGGACUGGGUACUGGGCGACGAGGGACAAAAGACGCCUGUAACACGCAGCAUGACUUGCCAGGAUAUACCCAGAGACCGGCGCAAUAGCUUGGAUACCUUACAGAGUGUUGGUUUGAAGGACAAGCUGCGCAGAGUAGGCCGAAAGUUUAGAGGUUCCGGGACAAACGGCAAGAGUACGUCACAGGAUUGA